AUGGCAAAGAACGUCAUUCCACUCGCAGUUUUCCUCUUCUCUUGCGUUCCAGAUUCCCAUCAGACCUUCGGUUUUUUUACCGCCGCCUAUCCUGGCGGUCCUCCCGGCCCUCCCGGCCCUCCUGGUGCUCCCGGUCAACUCAUGCCAUACCCGGGAGGAGGCAUCGGAGGAAAGGUCCAUCAGGUCUUGGCCACUCUCCAAGGCGGCGGACCCGAUCCAACCAAAGCAGCUAACGGCAACACGCCGGGUGCAGGCGUGACCGUGACUGCAGUCAAGUGUCCUUGUGAAAAUGGAGGCCCUCCAGGUCCCGGCGGCACCUCUGACAAAGGAGCUGCUCCUCCACCAAUCUCAUCUGGUGCCCCUCCAGUUUCCUCAGGUGGACCACCACCAAUCUCUUCAGGUGGACCUCCGCCAGUUUCCUCUGGCGCACCUCCGCCCGUUUCAUCAGGCGGAUCCCCCCCAGGCUCUGGGGGUGGACCUCCGCCAGUCUCUUCGGGUGGAACUCCGCCAUCCUCUCCAGGUGGACCCCCGCCGGUCUCUUCCGGUGGGACCCCGCCGGUCUCUUCUGGUGGAACCCCGCCGGUCUCUUCUGGUGGAACUCCAGCGGUCUCUUCAGGGGCACCUCCGUCAGCCUCUCCGGGUGGCAAACCGGGAGACAAGGCGAAACCUCAAGAUACGCCUUCAAAGGGAGACGCACCGCCUUCAGUUUCUUCGGGUGGACCUGCUCCAGCCCCGCCAGCCGAUGGAUCUGGAGGAGGAAAGUCAAAACCUAAAGACGUGGCCACACCUUCCAAGGGGGACGAAAAACCUAAAGACGCGCCUGCAUCUCCCAAGGCGGGCGACUCCGAAGAUAAACCCACCACACCAUCGGUCUCCUCGGGAGGAUCGCCUCCCCCAGUCUCAUCAGGCGAAGGCGACAAGUCAAAGCCAAAAGAUGCACCCUCGAAGUCCGACAAAGAUCUUCCACCUCCAGUCUCAUCCGGCGGUGGCACGCCAGGAGGAAAGCCAAAACCGAAAGACGCAUCUACGCCUCCAAAGGGGGACUCCGAAGAUAAACCCUCAACCCCUUCGGUUUCCUCGGGCGGAGCCCCUCCCCCAGGUGAUGACAAGGAAAAUAAGCCUAAGGAUGCACCUUCCAAGGCGGCCGACAAACCUGCAGCUCCGGCAGCUGGGGACAAGAAGGAAGGCAGUCCAACUGUCAGUUCUGCCAAGGACUCUUCGACACCGCCAGCCCCCUCCGGGGGUGAUGCUGAAGAAGAUGCACCCGAUGAGGAAUCUUCUAGCACACCACCAGCAGACGCCCCACCACCAGCCGCAGACAAUGGCACCAAGACUUCCGACGGAUCGCCUGCAGGGCCAAUUACGGCUGCCGUAGGACACAAAUCUUUGGCAAUUGGACUAGUCGCUAUCGGAACGAUGUUGAUAUUGUAAACUCCAAUGGAUGGCUUGGAGAAGCUCUCACUGCAGGACCAGUGCGACUGGAAAAAAUCCCAGUCGACAAGAAUGGCGCGUUG